GCGGAAGUGACGGGAAGGUGGUAGUGGGGUAGUUGGCGGGUGGUUGAGCAGAGCCGGUCGCCAUGUCCGCGGGGAGCGCGACGCAUCCCGGAGCCGGCGGGCGUCGCAGCAAAUGGGACCAACCAGCUCCAGCCCCGCUGCUCUUCCUGCCCCCGGCGGCCCCAGGUGGGGAGGUUCCCAGCAGUGGGGGAAGCCCCGGGGGCUCCACAGCUGCUCCGUCGGGAGCCUUGGAUGCUGCUGCUGCUGUAGCCGCCAAGAUCAAUGCCAUGCUCAUGGCCAAAGGGAAGCUGAAACCAGCUCCGAACGCUGCCGAGAAGCUUCAGGCCCCUGGCAAAGGCCUCACUAGCAGUAAAAGCAAAGAUGAUCUGGUGGUGGCAGAAGUGGAGAUCAAUGACGUGCCUCUCACAUGCAGGAACUUGCUGACUCGAGGACAGACUCAAGACGAGAUCAGCCGACUCAGUGGGGCUGCAGUGUCAACCCGAGGGAGAUUCAUGACCACGGAGGAGAAGACCAAAGUGGGACCAGGGGAUCGUCCAUUAUAUCUUCAUGUUCAGGGCCAGACACGGGAAUUAGUGGACAGAGCUGUAAACCGAAUCAAAGAAAUCAUCACCAAUGGGGUGGUGAAAGCUGCCACAGGGACGAGCCCGACUUUCAAUGGUGCGACCGUCACUGUGUAUCACCAGCCAGCGCCCAUCGUGCAGCUGUCUCCAGCUGUUAGCCAGAAGCCACCCUUCCAGUCAGGGAUGCACUAUGUUCAAGAUAAAUUAUUCGUGGGUCUAGAACAUGCCGUGCCCACUUUUAAUGUCAAGGAGAAGGUGGAAGGUCCAGGCUGCUCCUACUUGCAGCACAUUCAGAUUGAAACGGGUGCCAAAGUCUUCCUGCGAGGCAAGGGUUCGGGCUGCAUUGAGCCGGCAUCCGGCCGCGAAGCUUUCGAACCUAUGUAUAUUUACAUCAGUCACCCCAAACCAGAAGGCCUGGCAGCUGCCAAGAAGCUCUGUGAGAAUCUCUUGCAAACAGUUCAUGCCGAAUACUCUAGAUUUGUGAAUCAGAUUAAUACUGCUGUGCCUUUACCAGGCUAUACACAACCCUCUGCUAUAAGUAAUGUCCCUCCUCAGCCACCAUAUUAUCCAUCCAAUGGCUAUCAGUCUGGUUACCCUGUUAUUCCCCCUCCUCAGCAGCCGGUUCAGCCUCCCUACGGAGCACCUGGCAUGGUGCCGCCAGCUGUUUCAUUGGCACCUGGAGUCUUGCCAGCAUUACCUACUGGAGUCCCACCUGUGCCAACACAAUACCCGAUAGCACAAGUGCAGCCUCCAGCUAGCACUGCACAGACUCCGCUGAGUGGACCUUUUAUUCCUGCUGCUCCCGUCAAAACGGCCUUGCCGGCGGGCCCCCAGCCCCCGCCCCCGCCCCAGCCCCCACUCCCAACUCAGCCCCAGGCACAGAAGAGGCGUUUCACAGAGGAGCUACCUGACGAGCGGGAAUCGGGACUUCUGGGAUACCAGCAUGGACCCAUUCAUAUGACUAAUUUAGGUACAGGCUUCUCCAGUCAGAAUGAGAUUGAAGGUGCAGGAUCGAAGCCGGCAAGUUCCUCAGGCAAAGAGCGAGAGAGGGACAGGCAGUUGAUGCCUCCACCAGCCUUUCCAGUGACUGGAAUAAAAACAGAGUCUGAUGAAAGAAAUGGGUCUGGGACCUUAACAGGCAACCAUGAUUAUCCAGUCAAGAAGAUGAAAACUACAGAGAAGGGAUUUGGUUUGGUGGCUUAUGCUGCAGACUCAUCGGACGAGGAAGAGGAACAUGGAGGUCAUAAAAAUGCAAGUAGUUUUCCACAGGGCUGGAGUUUGGGGUAUCAGUACCCUUCAUCGCAGCCACGAGCUAAACAACAGAUGCCAUUCUGGAUGGCCCCGUAGGAAACAGUGGAACAGAGUUUUGACCCUUGGUGACUCUUCUUUAGCAAUAAUGCAUGCAUUUGAUUUACCAAGACGGGGGCCUGCACUGGGAACCAUCGUGGACGUUCGUGGAACUUAGAGACGCAGUGUCCCCUUUCUUAAAGGGGUUGCAUUCUUUUUAAAAACAUCCCUUUUUCUGCAGUGGCAUAGCAUCUGUUCAAAUUUACUUAGGAUCACAGAUUUGUCUCAGAAGCUUUUUUUUUUUAACGGUUGGUGACAUGUGCUUGUUCAGCAAAGCUUCCCAACAGGGUCAUUCCAGUAUACAUUGACCUGGUCCAGCCUUUUCCAAACACGUAGCCCUUAUUCCGUCGUAAAGAAAGUUUUAUUUGUAUUUUACUACUGUUUGUUCAAUUUUGAUAAUAACUGGUUACACACAACGCCUUACUAUUUAUUAGUGGGGAAAUGAUUUUAAGGCCAUCCUUUCCUUUCUGUACUAAGUCUCUGAAUUCCUUAGCCCCGUUUCAUUUUUGGAUUCCUUCUGUUUUGGAAAGUGCUGUUUUACUAAUUUCAAACUGUCAGAGCUAGCUGGAUCCUGGGUAGGAAAACAAAGUUAUGUUUUUCAUUGUGUCUUUUUAUUGGAAUGGUCCAAAGCUGGCACCUUCAGGCACACUUGUGUCAUAGCCAUGGCUGUGUUUAUUGCUCAACUGGGUCAGAGAAAACUGCUUGAUCAGAAGCUGGUCGGAACUCAUCACAGAAAUGAAACCCAGCGGUCUAUCUCUCAGAACUGGUUGUCUUUUUAUUGGAAUGGUCCAAAGCUGGCACCUUCAGGCACACUUGUGUCAUAGCCAUGGCUGUGUUUGUUGCUCAACUGGGUCAGAGAAAACUACUUGAUCAGAAGCUGGUCGAAACUCAUCACAGAAAUGAAACACAGCAGUCUGUCUCUCUCAGAACUGAUUGCAGCGAAAAUAGAGAGAUGUGACUGCUCGCUAUAGGAUGGGGACUUAGUGACUUAGAUUGCCCCUCCUUUUUCUUGGCAUUACCGGUUUUGCCAAAAGAACUUUUUUGUAUCAAAUAUAUUGAUGUGUGAAAGUGAAGGAGCUAGUCUGCCGAACCAGGAGUAGUUUGAAAUACUGAACUGUCAUUUUUGCACAUUUGAAUACUUUGCAGGCUGGCUUUGUAUAAACUUACCCUCUGGUUUCCUAUAUGUUGUAAAUAUUUAGACCAUAAUUUCAUUAUAAAUAAAUG